AUGGACGGGGCGGCCGAGGAGCGGCGGGCGGCCGGAGGGCUCGGCACGGGCUGUGAGUGCCAGGAUGAGAAGGAGAACAUGCUGCUGAAUCCAGAGCACCUUGUGGUGGAUGCUGAUGCUGUUGGUGACCACGGUGCAGGGAGCAGUGUGCUACCUGCAUUCCCAGGCACAGUCAGACAAGAAAUAGCUGAGGAUAACUUGGGAAUAGAAGACAGGAAUAGCUCUGUGAAGAAGGUGGAAAAUGAUGGGGGAUGCAGUACCCUGCAGGCAACUGGGUCAUCUUCCAAAGGCUCCGUUGUCCUUGACGGCCAGCAUGACUUUGCCUCGGCAUGUGAGCAACCAUCGGAUUUCUGCGGUGACACGAAGGUUGGAUUAGCACAGGAGCCCACAGGUCAGUCAGGGUCACAAGAGCACUCUGAGACUUGCUGCCCUGCUGGGACUGAAACGGAGGAGAAGAAGGAAAAAACUAAGCAGGCAUCCAGUGGAGUGGCUGGAACUCCCUACAGGCAGGAGGAGAUCGGCCUGGCCCCUCACCAACCCAAAGGUGCUCCAGGCAGCGCUGCAGCUCAGAAUUCCUACCAGGGCUCUUCAGUCCUGGAGUGCAGAGGCAGCUGGGAUGUGGCCAAGGGGAAAAGAUCCUUACCUGUCAAGAAGAAACCCCGCACCUUCUACAGUGCAGAGCAACUAGAAAAGCUGGAGAAGAUGUUCCAGGAAGAUCACUAUCCUGACAAUGAGAAGAGGAGAGAGAUUGCAGCUGUGGUUGGUGUGACACCACAGCGUAUCCUGGUCUGGUUUCAGAAUCGCAGAGCAAAGUGGCGGAAAUUGCAGAAGUUGAGUAUAAAAGGCAACAGAAAAUAUCCAGCAUCAUCAGCUCUGUCAGUCCGCUUUGGAUCAGAGGGCUAUGGUGCACCUCCUCUGCCCGUGCCUCCACUGCCUGACGCUGCUGGAGACCAGCCUGGCGUGCUGGGAGGAGACCCUGGAGCUGGGAACUGCUCCAGCCUGCUCAGCACACACCCUGAAUCACCCACCUCUGCCUCAGCCUCCUCGGUGGCAGGAGUGGUGGCACCCUGUGAAACACAAGCUCAGAGCCAGGCGCUGCCGCAGCUGCACUUCAAUUCCAGCGGCACAGUGGAGUGCUUCCCUCAUCUUCCCAGCCCUCCUCCCAUCCGCAGGGCCAGCCUGGAGCUCGGCCUGGCCUUCGACCUCGACAGCCACAUUGUUCCCCUGAUGCUGGACACGCCCAGCAGGGAAUGCAGCUUGGCCAGCCAGGAAAAUGGCUUCAGGGAUGCCUUCUCUUAUGGCGUCCAGAACCAAGGCUUCAGUUCACCAGUUUCCUGCCCUUACCCGGAGCAGCUGGAGCCUGCAGACAACCUGGAGGCCACCUACUGUCAGUACAGCAGCCAGGGGGGAAUCUACCAGCUCUCCCAGUUGUGUCACCAAGGUCACCUGGCCAGCAAUAUGUUCUCCAGUGACCACCUUCCUCCUUCAACACCCCUGGAAUCCCAUCCAGUUUUCCCUGAUUUACCUGACAACAGUGGAGCCAUAACCUAUGGAGCCACACAAGGCUAUGUACAAAACCACACGGAGGGACCAGUCAUGCCACAGCAGCCAAGUGGCAAUUCAGCAGACAUCCAUGCCUAUCCAGCUGUGCCCUGGAGUGAUUUCUACAUGCAGGGAGCUCCUUUCUCCAACCAGUUGCCUUCCCAAAUGCCUUUUUCUAGCAUGGCAGGAGGGCAGUACUUCACAGAGCCAUAUCUCCUUCAAGUGGCCAACGGGACAGUACUGGAAUCCAUGCCACAGACUGGAAAACAAAAGAGAGUGACACCACCAGAGCAAAGUUCCUACCAGAGCUACCAAACAGAGCCAGAGUUGGGAGCACUUGCUGAAAAAGAGGCCUUUGAGAGCAGCAGCAAGAAAGGAGAGACUACUGUUGAAAUUCAAGAAGAAAUUCAUGACUAAUGCUGCACUCUGAGAAAAAAAAGGAAGAGGAAAAAUUGCUAUUUCAAACUCUGCAAAAGAAGAGUCUAAAAGAGACAAGGAUAAUAUUAUUUGCAACAGAUGCAUUUUUUCUUUUUUUUCUUUUUUUUUUCUUUUCUUUUCUUUUUUUUUUUUUUUUUUUUGUUACCAUGAGUAUUUUCUUGCUGACAAAAGAAGCAGGGAUAUUUCACUCAAUAAAAGUUCCUGCUCUGUUUUUUUUUGUUGUUUUUUUUUUUUUUUUAAAUCUCCUGGCUUUAUCCUUCUUAAGAAAUUCUAACCUUGACCAGCCCUCAGACAGGAGAGAGCUGAUGCAGGAACCAGAAUCCCAUGGGUGAAAAUUCCAGAUCAUGCAAGUAUCAGAAGGUCUGGCUGCUGUCCUGGAAUACACAGGAAGAUAAACCAGGAGAAAUAAGAUAAGAUAUAUGCAAAACAGGAGGAGAAACUCCAGCAACUGGGACUUCAGACAGCAAAAAAAGUGUCUUUGGAAGUCCAGCAGUGAUUUGGUUCUAGCCUUGAACUACUUCUAAAAAAUUAUUUUUGUUGUAAAACUGUAACAAUAAACAGCAAGACUGUAACUAUUA